ACAAAGAAGGUCUGGUUGGAGGGGACCACCAUGGGUCGUCUGGGCCAACCUCCCUGCAGGGUCAUCCCAGAGCACACUGAACAGAAUUGCAUCCACAUGGCUGCUGAGUGUUUCCAGAGAGGGAGACUCCACAACCUCUCUGGGCAAGAAGCGCUGCUCUGUAAGAUAAGAGGCCCCAAGAAGAGAAAUGGACUUUGCUUAAAAGGUAGAACAAGACAGAACAAAGGUCCGGCAGGCCCGGCCCGGCCCGCCCCGGGUGCCGCUAUAAACCGCCGCCCUAGCCCGACCUCCCCGUUAGGUUUCCGGCCUGGCCAGUCUCGCACCGCGCGGGCUCCGUCUGCCUCGGCUCCUGCUGCGCUCCGGCUGCUCUGCCUCGCCAUGGCCGCUUCCUCCUCGGCGGCCGCGCUGCGCCCGGUCACUCACCUGAUCUUUGACAUGGACGGGCUGCUGCUGGAUACUGAGAUUCUCUAUUCAAAAGUGUAUGAUGAGAUCUGUGGGCGUUAUGGAAAGAGCUAUAGCUGGGAUGUGAGAUCCAAGGUUCUAGGUAGACAAGCCCCAGAAGCAGCAGGGAUUAUUCGAGAUCUUCUAGAUCUUCCAAUAACCAAAGAAGAGUUAUUCAACGAAAGUAAAACGAUGCUGGAGAAGGUAUUCCAUACGGCUGGAUUGAUGCCAGGAGUCAGUAAGCUGAUCCAUCAUUUACACAAACACAAGAUACCCAUAGGUGUUUGCACCAGCUCGAGUGUAUCGUCAUUUGAGAUAAAAACAAGCAGACACAAAGACUUUUUUAGUCUUUUUCAUCAUAUUGUGUUGGGAGAGGAUCCUGAGUUGAAGCGUGGCAAGCCACAUCCUGAUCCAUUUUUACUUUGUGCAAAGAGAUUUGAACCUCCUGCACCACCAGAGAAGUGUCUUGUGUUUGAAGAUUCACCACAGGGAGUCAUAGGAGCCCGGGCAGCAGGAAUGCAAGCAGUUAUGAUUCCAGAUGAAAAUUUAGGUCCAGAUUUUAAAAAGGAGGCAACACUGGUGCUGAAGUCCAUGGAAGAUUUCAAACCAGAACUCUUUGGUUUACCAGCAUAUGAUUGAUGCCUAAUGCCUAUGAACAUGUUCUUGACUGGAGAUCAGUAUAAAGUGAAAUGAAAUUUUAUUUCAGUUUUAUGAUUGUUUUUCAUUCUACUUUCUUCCUCAAAACUAGAGCACAAAAAUCCUGUUAACAUUUAGUCUUUUAGACAUUGCCUUUGAUAAAUUGUCUGGAAUGUAUAUGAUUUGUCCUUUUGAUAAAUGCAUUAUUAAAGCAGCAUCUUUCUGUUGAGUGAAUCCAGCCUUGUUCUAUUCACAUCAUAAUGUUUUCUGGUAAUAUUAUGGAACUAUUUAGACAAUUUAUUGUAACUGCAUUGGAAGCUUCUUGUUCUGUUUCCACUUGAAUUACUUACUGCUAACACCUUAAUCAGAAACCUGUUCUGGAUUGCCUUUUAUCCCAUUAAAAUGCUUUUGACACCA